UUCCCGGGAUUCCUUCUCCGCAGCAUACAGCUCCAUACUGGGACGCUGAGCGAUGUUGACGACGCCUCGUCACACACUUCAUCAACAGAGGUCCGUGCGCUCUCGCAGAUUGAACACCUCUCCGAUGCAAGGUUAAGCACUGCGAACAGCAUAAACGGUAACGCGAUGGACGGAUCAGGAGCUAUCAAAGUUGUUUGGAAACAAACGUUCCGUGGCAAGACUUAUGUUUGAACAAUUUUAUUCUGACAUUAACAAAGUCAUUUGACAGAGCAACAUGCUUAUGUAGCCAAGAGUUGUAUGUUCAUUUUGAUACUGCUGCCAUUCGUGAUUGAUGACAAGUGCGUCGAUGAUUUAUGGCUGUGGACUUACCAAGAGAGCUCAUAUAAAUAUAACACGAAGAAUCGGCGCGGAUUUGACUAUAAGGAGCUCUCAAAGUGGAAACGGUAAAACUUUCCGAUUUCAUUUCAUGAGCGUUGAGGGUCGAAACUUGUGACGUGUGUACUUUGGCAAUAUUUUGCAUCUGGACAAUAUUUUUGUGUCAGAAGGUGUUGUGUGUUGAGUCCAACUCUUACAGAAGGAACACAGGGAGUACACUUGAUACAACACCAGCUGUAUUGGAAGACUGGAGAAAGAUGUCAGGAAAGUCUUCUCGUAUGGGCACAGAUAACGCUACAAAACUGUGCAUGAACUGACAUGUUUUAAUCUUCAUUUAACAAAUCAUGAGCAAUUGACCAUCCAAUCAGCUUAUUGAUGACCCUCAGGACAUAUUUGAUAACAAAUGAUAUGUUGAUUACAUAAAUCCUCUUUCAACCAUUUGGAAAAUCAAAGAAACUUGGAAACUCGAAAACUGUCUUUAUUAUCCCUUGACAAAGACAAUAAUCUGGAAGACAUCACAGAUCCAUCGCUGCCCUUUCCGAAUAUUAAGCUUCGGAGUCAACACGCAUCACUACUGUUUGAAGCAAGAGAUGAGGCGAGCAAGCAGGAUGUAUGCUAAUGGUGAUGGCAUCGUGUGUAUCGGACGUUAAAGUCAAACUUUAUUGUAAUUACAUUAGGAGGACGAAGCUGCUGAUGCUGGCCCAAAUUAGGAUCACUAGAGCCGUCAUCCUCCUCUCACAAGCUCCACGUGGGAUGCAGAAGCGUUACGCAUCCCUGUUACAGCAACAGCGCUAGUCUUCUAUCGCUAACCAAACAUCAAUGUUUUUCAUAGUUCUCGACGGGCUUACACUUGAUCCCUUGCAGGUAAUCUGGUUAUGAGAUAAGCUACUCUAACUCGCAAGAUAGACGAGUUAUCUUUCAGCAGGGACGUUAGUGUAACGUGCGUUUGUAUGUUAAGCCCACCAACAAGCUGGUAUGUUGUCUGUGGAAUCGAGUAUGGGACCAAACAAGAGCGCCGGGAUGUGCGACACAUGAUCCUUGGUUCAAACUAGACAGAUUCCCGCUGGACCGGACAACGUCUAACGUCCACCUCAGUCUUUCAACAUUCGGGAGUUCACAACUUGUCAAGUGUUCGUGUUUCGAUCGAAGAGGAAUCAAUAAUCUAAGACGAACAAAAAUCGGAUUGAGACCAGUUGGUUAUUGGUUAUUGUUUUACGACCUAUGCAUGGAAUGACACGUUAGCAAUUGAUUCCCACGCCGCAAUGCAAUGAAACGGCACGUGCAAUAGAAUUUGACGGGAAAGUUUUACAACUUGUUGAUACGUCUGUGUUGUGGAUUCAUCUUCUUCUGAGAACAAAGGGUGGUGACAUCACCACACAUAUUGGUCUAGAUCCAUCCCCCAAAGGGACUAGUCAGACGAUUAGUGACGGCCCAGCACCUGAGACGUGCUUGGAGAACAACUCUGACUUCACGCGGCGUUUGGCUGGGCGAGACAAUUCGAACCGAGACCUACUGAAAAUUCGUCAACGGUUCCUUAUAUGAUACUUUCGAAAAAGGCCAGUAACGUUGGUCCUUCACGUCCUCGACAACUUUGGAUUGAGAACAGGAUUCCAAAGGAACCUUUGUCAACCGAUACAUUAAAGGUGGUUAACCUUUGAAUGGAUAAGAAGUACACUGUCAUCAUGGGCAAGGCGUGUUUUGUUUUAUUUUUGGUGUAUAUGCACUGUGAGUAUGUCUGUGCAAGAAGACAUGUCAAACUUGCAGUAAUCGCACCGAGCAAAUCCAGUAUGUUUUCUAUACAACACGUCAGACCUGUGAUUGAUUACGUCACUUCCCGUACACGUCAUAUGCACGCGCAGCACGGCCUACGUUUCAGCGUCCGUUUCGGAGAUUCUAAAUGCAAUUCCGCGGAUGCGGCUAUAAAGGCUUUUGAAUUCUAUAUGCACCACCAAGUCGACGUUUUUGUCGGUCCUAUAUGUGAUUACAGCUUAGCCCCUGUUGCCAGAUACGCUCCCUACUGGAACAUCCCCAUCAUUUCUCCAGGAGGGUUUGCACACGAUUUUGGCGCCAAUAAAUCAGAGCAAAACGCGGAAUAUCCAACCUUAACUCGUGUUGGCGCGACCUUCAAUUCUUUAGCAGCGUCAAUUAUUGACAUGUUACACGUGUUUCAUUGGAAAAAGGUCAAGGUCAUCUACGACGGCUCAGGACAUUCUGACGUUGCUCCGAGAUUCUGUUUUCUAGCUGCGGCGGCGUUCGUCGCCUACAGCAAGAACUAUAAGCUGUCUUACGGCUUCCAUAUGUUUAUGCCCAAGUUUCACAAAAUCAGCGAUAUGUUGGAAGAGGAGGUUGGAGCAGAGAACUCAAUUGUUGUGCUAUGUGCUUCGCCCGACUCCGUCAGGGACAUAAUGAUCAAAGCACACCAACUCAACUUUGACAACGGCGAAUAUGUCUUCUUCAAUAUCGAUCUCUUCUCAAGCAAGAACGAAAGUCAGAGACCGUGGUUCCGGGUCAACGACACCGAAGAAAGAAACAAUAUGGCGCGUGAAGCUUACGAGUCGGUCAUGACCAUCACCCUGAAGAAACCAACAAGUCCGGAGUAUCACGCAUUCUCCGAGGAGGUGAAAAGAAGAGCCAGUCUUAUGUAUAAAAACUUCACAUAUGGGGAGGAAGAGGUUAACAGUUUCGUAGGGGCCUUCCACGACGCCGUCGUCCUUUAUGCCCUGGCGUUGAAUGAAACCCUCCAAGCUAAUGGAUCUGUAUCUGACGGUAGUGCCAUUACAAAGAGGAUGUGGAACAGGACUUUUGAAGGUAUUACUGGAACAGUGAGCAUAGACGCCAACGGGGACAGGAACGCUGAUUACUCGUUGCUGGAUCUCAAUCCAGUAACUAACAAGUUUGAAGUGGUUGCCAACUACUAUGGAAGCAGGAAGCGAUACAUACCCGUUCCCGGGACAGCGAUCCAUUGGGCAGGGGGGAGGAGCUCCGCACCCCCAGACACGCCCAGAUGUGGAUACGAUGGCUCCAAGUGUCCCCCUGAAGAACCCUUUCCUGAAUAUGGUAUCGUGAUCAUCGUCCUCGGCUCCUUGCUUGUCAUCGUCCUCAUUGCUGUGUUCUUCAUAUACAGGCACAUUCGUCUGGAGGCGGAGCUGGCGGAGAUGAACUGGCGUGUGAGGUGGGAGGACAUCUUGUUCGGGUCCCCGGAGAGGAACAAGAAGCUGGACAGACAGGGGAGUCGCCGGGGGGUCACUAGGAAAAACUCCUACAUGAGCACGUGUUCUGGGGACACCAUUGCUCACCUCAACGAUAGCGCCAACAAACAGCUGUUCACGAAAACAGGAUACUACAAGGGAGCUAUUGUUGCUAUAAAACCAAUACGGAGGGCAACAAUAACGAUCAGCAAGCCUCUCUUACUCGAAGUGAAACGGGUAAAAGACCUACAGAACGACCAUAUUGUCAGAUUCGUUGGGGCGUGCAUAGAUUCUCCCAAUAAGUGCAUCCUCACAGAAUAUUGCCCGAAGGGCAGCUUACAGGAUGUCCUGGAAAAUGAUCAAAUAAAACUUGACUGGAUGUUCCGGUAUUCCAUCAUGCAAGACAUAGUGAGAGGUAUGGCAUAUCUGCACAGCAGUGACAUCAGGAGUCACGGCAACCUAAAGAGCACGAACUGUGUGGUGGACAGCAGAUUUGUGGUUAAAAUCACCGACUUCGGCCUUCACUACUUCCGGGAAGGCCAAGGCCUUAUGGAGCAGGAGAGCACAUUCGCCUUCUAUAAUAGAACCCUGUGGACGGCUCCAGAGCUUCUGCGCAUGCCCGAUCGACCACCAGAGGGCACGCAAAAAGGAGACGUCUAUAGUUUUGCAAUUAUCUGUCAAGAGAUUGUGUACAGAAACGGCGUAUUUCAUAUGCAUCACAUAGAUCUUUCACCCGAGGAGGUCUACCAGCUCGUUAAAGACGUAAAGGAUGGACGUCGUCAAGUCUUCCGACCUUCCCUGGAGCAUGCCGACUGUCCCUGCGAUGAACUUGCUGAUGUCAUCAAAAGAUGCUGGUCUGAGGAUCCGGCUGAGCGACCAGACUUCCAGUCUCUGAAGACCAUCAUCAGAAAGCUGAACAGGGACGGAGACAAGGGCAAUAUCCUUGACAACCUGCUGUCCCGGAUGGAGCAGUACGCCAACAACCUUGAGGCGUUGGUAGAGGAGAGGACAUCGGACUAUCUGGAGGAGAAGAAGAAGGCAGAGGACCUCCUCUAUAUGAUGUUGCCGAAGUCAGUCGCUCAAGCCCUUGUCCGUGGAGAGUCCGUAGCAGCUGAGGCAUAUGAACAAGUGACCAUCUACUUCAGCGACAUCUGUGGGUUCACUGCUCUGUCCGCAGCUAGUACCCCAAUGCAGGUUAUUGAUCUGUUGAAUGAUCUCUACACGACGUUCGAUUCCAUCAUCGAAAACUUUGAUGUCUAUAAAGUUGAAACUAUUGGAGAUGCUUAUAUGGUGGUGUCGGGACUUCCGGUGAGGAACGGAAAUAUCCACGCACGAGAGAUUGCGCGCAUGUCCCUGUCUCUUCUAAAUGCUGUACUGUCUUUCAAAAUACGCCAUCGACCCGAACAUCGAAUGAAACUGCGGAUUGGCAUUCAUUCAGGGUCCGUAUGUGCCGGAGUUGUUGGUCACAAGAUGCCGAGGUACUGUUUGUUUGGAGACACUGUCAAUACUGCCUCCAGGAUGGAAUCAAAUGGAUUACCAUUGAAAAUCCACGUCAGUCCACAGACGAAAGAAGCGUUGGAAGCAUUUGACACGUUUGACCUUGAACUUAGAGGAGAAGUUGAGAUGAAGGGCAAGGGAAGCGUCACAACAUAUUGGUUACAGGGCGAAACACCUGCACCAGAGCUGAAGAAGCCAGUUCAUCAGAACUCAAUAUCCUGAUUACAGUAACCUUGGUUACUGGAAUUUCCUUGCAACUUUAAGUGGUUGCUUAUUGUGUCAAAACCUCAAUGUUCUAUUCACUCCCAUCAUGGAGCGUAGAUGACGGACGAAAUAUAUUUGGAACUGUACCAGCUGACCAACAUUUUAACAGCUAGAGCUGUCAGUGUGGAUUAACAAUUCUGCGAAUAUUCUUGAUGCUGGAGAUACCAUGAUCAAUUAGGAACGGUUUCAAGAAACUGCCAAAAUAUGGUUUGUCCAGCAGAGGCCAUUAACGUGCCCAUUGGUCAUAUUUAAGACCAGUCGGCGUGUUUUUAGAUUGUGUGAUUGUCCCGAACAGAUUUAACAAGCACAAUGAUAAAUAUAUUGAAUCUACUGAUGCUUUGGAAUAUUGAAAAUAUUUCAUGUUUAACAUGCGUGUACUAUAUAAACAUUCUUGAAGCCCGUGCAUUGACCAUGUUUUAGAUGGUAUUCAUUGUCAAGUCAUUUCAUUUGUUCUUUAUUCAGCUUGGCGAAUGAAAUUUCAACGAGCAUGCAUGUCAAUAUUGUCAAUUCCAUUUUACUAGCACCACGUGUUAAAGAAUGAUCGAUGAUGCGGAAAAAGUCGCUCGAAAAUACAAGUGGUUGAUGUCUGAAUAUGAGUGAACCUUUGUUUUUAACUUUCGAAUUGUACAACAUUAUGACCCGCAUGAGUUCAUGGAAUGUUGUGACCUCUGAAUGAAAUGAUUUCAGAAUAGGUUUCUAUGUGACUUGUAGCCUUAUAAACAAAACAAACUAAUAGUAACCUGCACUACGAUGUUAAAUUUCCGAUCGAAAGACACUGAUUUCUUUGAAACGUUUGUUUUACCCUAAAAUGGUUCUGCAAAAUAAAGUAUGCCAUUUUAA